UUUACUUAGGAUCUCUCCUGUGUAAAGGGCUGGAGAAAAGUGUUAUGAUUUUUACUGUGCUCAUCAAUUAUUUGUGAAACCAGAAUUCAGCAUGUCACAAACAGAGUAUGCAAAUGUCCAUCAAUCUCGUAAAGACAUCAUUAUGGUGCUGCUGGGAAUAAACAGCGAAGACAAGUGUAUGAUAGGCAAUGCAAUUGUCCAAGAAGAUUGCUUUGAUGCUGAAAAUGAAACGCGGGCAAGGCUGAAAGAAGUAGAUGAUCAAUCAAUCUUCGUUAUCAACACUCCAGAUAAAUUAGAGUGGCUGACCUCAAAAUCAAAAGACACCCGAGAAGAGCUGAAGCUAUCAUAUCCAGGUCCACGUGUGUUUCUUUUGGUACUAAAGGGGGACAUGCGGACACAAAAAGAAGCAGAGUUGUUCCGCCUAAUGAAAGUGAGAUUUGGAGAGACAAUGGUAGAAAACACAAUCGUUGUGCUGGUUAGUGACAGAGAGGAAAGUUUAGAGCUAAAUGAGCGAGCUGAUGAGAAACUCAAAAAACUUCUGGAUGAGUGCAGAAAUAGAGUUUGUGUUCAUAAGAAGAAUCAAGGCAUAAAUGAUACAGAGCUCAUCAAACAGAUAAUGAGAACAUGGGAUGAAAUGCAGAAGAGAAAUCAAGAAUCAACCAACACUGCAUCUGGGGAUGACAACAUGAAUGAGACAAUUGAAAAGACGAAGCACACAGAUGAAAAUAAAGUGGAAUAUGACUGUCCAUCAGCCGGUGAAAACAUCACAGUGUUGUUGCUGGGAAAGAACAACGACGACAAAUGUCUGAUAGGAAACAUUAUCCUUGGAGAAAAACAAUUCAAGUCAAAAGACUGUGAGAGUAAUAGAGGAAGAGUAGCAGAUAAGAGUGUUGUUAUCAUCAAAACUCCAGACUCUCUCCAUUCAGAUCCACCUGCAGCACACAGUAUGGAGGAGAUGAACCCAUCAUACACAGAUCCUCGAAUAUUCCUCUUGGUAGUGCAGGAAAAUGAAGCCUUUCAAGAAGAAACAAUAACCCAGCUAAAGGAAAGGUUUGGAGAGAAAAUGGUAGAAAACACAAUCGUUGUGCUGGUAAGUAACAAAGAGGAAAGUUUUAAAGAGGCAUAUGAGCAAGCUGAUGAGAACCUCAAAAAAUUUUUGACCGAGUUUGAAAAGAAAGUUUGGGUUAACAAGAAUAAUGAAAGCAUGAAGUAUCCUGAGCUGACCGAAAAGCUGAUGGAGAUAUGUGAUCAAAAAAAGACACAGGAUCAUGAAUCAACCAACUCUGGUGAUAACAACGUGUAUGAGGAUGUUAAUGACACUUCACUGAUGAAGCAGGCAGAUGAAAACAAAGGGGAAAAUGUUCAAGCACCUUCAGGUCAAUACAUGACUGUGGUGUUGCUGGGAAAGAACAACAAAUGCAAAUGUCUGAUAGGAAACAUCAUCCUUGAAAAAGAGGCAUUUCAUGUACAAAUUGAUGCAUGUGAGAAAAUUAUGGGAAAAGUAGAAGAUGAGAAUGUUGUCAUAAUUAAAACUCCAUACCCUUUCGACUCAGAUCCAAUGACAGACAGAAUAGAGCUGAUGAAGCCAUCAUACGCAGGAUCUCAUGUAUUUCUCCUGGUAUUGAAAGAAAAUAAGGCAUCUUUAAAAGAGAUAGACAUGUUUAACCAGCUGAAGCAGAGAUUUGGAGAACAAAUGGUGCAAAACACAAUUGUGUUGUGUAACACUGAAACAAAGCUGUCUGCAAGUUUAAAGGAAAUAACUUUUAAAAAUGAAUUUCAUAAACAGCUUCUAGAUGAGUGUGAAAACAGAGUUUGCUUUUAUAACAAACAGACAACAAAAGGUGAACUGGUCAAACAUUUAAAGUACCACAUAAAGGAAAUUAUGGAGAAGAAUCAGGCUUCUCAAUCUGCACAAGGUGGCACAAGGACAUACAGUAACAUUUCUUAUUUAAAUAUUCCCGAAGAGCCAAUUCAAACACAAAACGUAUCAGUUUAUCAGCAGCCGGCAGCAAUGACUGUUAUAGACAGCAGCUUCAUGACCAUUGUGCUUUUGGGACGGACAGGAAGUGGAAAGAGCGCAACAGGAAACACCAUCCUGGGACAGCAACAGUUUGAGUCUCGUGCCAGUUCCAUGCCGACAACAAAGUCUUGCAAUAUAAAAGAAGAAACAGUCUGUCACAUGAAGAUCAGGCUCAUAGACACUCCAGAUUUCUUUAAUGAAGAUCUUAAGAAUCAAGACGAACAGUUACGCGUUUGCAAAGAGCUCAUUCAGCACAGGCCUGUUGUGUAUUUGUUGGUUAUGCAUCUGGGUCGUUUCACAGAUGGAGUGAGAGAGGUUCUGCCACGCUUGAAGAAAGAGUUUGGUGAGGAUGUGACUUCAAAAACUGUGAUUCUUUUUACCGGAAAAGAGAAAUUGAAUGACAAAACUUUGACAGAAUAUAUCAAUGGAAGUGAUCAGAAACUUCAACAGCUGAUCAGAACCUGUGGCUCAAGAUGUAUUGCAUUUGACAACAACAAGAAAAACCAUCAACAGGUGAAGGAACUUAUAGAGAUCAUUGUGAACAUGCAGACAGAUGGAAACAUUCCUGGGAUGAUGCCACACCAUCCUAACAUUAAACAAAUCAACAUCCCACAAAAGAUAAAGGAUGCAGAAUGCAGAAUCUUGUAAAGGCAAAAACGUGUGUGGAUGUUAAAUUACUCAAUCCUUUCCCAUCUAUUAUACAUUAAAUAAAUAUAAUUUAAUUAUAAAUGUAUACAUGUCAGUUUUAAGUAUGUUUAUAGUUGUGCUACAGAUAAACUAUACAUGUUACCCCUUAAUAUUUACUGUAAACUUCUCGGGAAAUAAAAGAAUGGUUUAUACAUAAUUUUUAAUCUUCAAUUGCCAU